AUGAUUGAUACUACUAAUUGGAUCGUUCAAAAAUUUGGUGGUACCAGUAUCGGUAAGUUUUCGGAGCAAAUAGUGAAUGAGAUUAUCAAAGUUUACUCUCAAGAGUACGAUAAUAAUGUUGCAGUAGUUUGUUCCGCAAGGUCUUCUUAUACAAAGGCCGAAGGUACCACUUCGAGAUUAUUGCUGGCCUGCGAAUUAGCUUCGAACAACAACUACGAAUAUAAAAACGUUCUUGAUUUGGUCGAAAAGGAUCAUCUUGCAAACGCAAAAGAACAUAUAAAGGACAUCACCAUCCAGGAGACGUUAAUAGAAGAUUCCCAGAAAGAAAUCAAUGUUGUGAGAAGAUAUUUGGAUGCAUCGCAAGUUUUGGGUGAAGUGUCUACCAGAACUUUGGAUUUGGUCAUGUCCUUGGGUGAAAAAUUAUCCUGUUUGUAUAUGACAGCUUUAUGUCAAGACAACGGUGUCAACGCUAGAUAUGUGGAUAUGUCGUUUAUUGUUCCUAGCGAUUAUGAAUGCAAAGAUGGUACCCUGGAUAACAGUUUCUACGCAUUUUUGGUCUCUGCAUUCAAAGAGAAGUUGGCACCACUGUUGGCAGAGAUAGAGAAGGGUACCAAAGUUAUCCCAGUUAUCACUGGUUUCUUCGGUAUUAUCCCAAUGGGUCUACUAAACGGUGUCGGCAGGGGAUAUACCGAUUUGUGUGCUGCAUUGAUUGCCGUGGCGUUGAAUGCUGACGAAUUACAAGUCUGGAAAGAAGUUGAUGGUAUUUUCACCGCUGAUCCACGUAAAGUUCCUCAAGCCAGACUAUUAGAAACGGUGACCCCAGAUGAAGCUGCAGAGUUAACUUAUUAUGGAUCAGAGGUCAUUCAUCCAUUUACUAUGGAGCAAGUCAUCAGAACUCAUAUACCGAUCAGAAUCAAAAACGUGCAAAACCCUAAGGGGAAUGGCACAAUAAUCUAUCCAAGUGAUCAAGCAAAAAAAGGCGAGUCUACUCCACCACAUCCUCCAGUGGCAUUAACUUCAUCCAUCUUCGAAUCUAAAAAGAAAGGAGCCACUGCUAUUACUACAAAAUCAGACAUUGUGGUAGUAAAUAUUCACUCUAAUAAAAAGACCUUAUCCCAUGGGUUUUUGGCAGAAAUGUUUUCUACCUUGGAUAAGUACAAGUUAGUUGUUGAUUUAAUUUCCACAUCAGAAGUUCACGUUUCCAUGGCAUUACCUGUUCCGGACUCGGACUCCCUAAAGGCUCUACGUGCUGCUGUUGUUGAACUAAAAAGACUUGGGACUGUUGAUGUCAUUAAGAAGAUGGCUAUCGUUUCUCUGGUUGGUAAACAAAUGAAACAAUUCAUCGGUAUUGCCGGUACCAUGUUCACUACGCUUGCUGAACAAAACAUUAACAUUGAGAUGAUUUCCCAAGGUGCUAAUGAAAUUAACAUUUCGUGUGUCAUUGACGAAAGCAACGCAGUUAGAGCUUUGCAAUCUAUUCAUGCCAAACUAUUGGAUGCUCCAUUAAAUGAGACCUUCGAUUCGGCUGUUAACGAAAGAUUAGAACAGAUCAAGCAAAUGGCAUUAUAG